AUGAUCAAAUCGACGCCGAUCGAUGCACCUGAUCGAAAGUCGUUGGAGACGGCAAAGGAAGCAAUGGAUGAUGUGAAUUCCUACGUGAAUGAGAUGAAACGUGACAAUGAAACAAGACAAUUAAUUACUGAAGUUCAGAAUAGUAUCACGGAAUUGACCAUGCCGGAGGAUGUCACACUAAUGGAUUAUGGUCGAUUAAAUGCUGACGGCGAGGUUCGGUUGGCGGAAUCGACGAGUCAGCAAUGUGGGAAGAUGAAACAACGUCCACUGCUAAUCAUCUGUAAAGCAAACCGGAAUAACACUUAUACUUACAAAGCCGCUUAUAUUGUUUCCGAACUUCAUCCAAGUCUGGACAAUCCAAUGCCUGAUGGGAAAAUGGGGACGAUAUCGCGUAAAAUCACAUCCGCCAAUCAACAUUUGUUGUAUUUGGUACGAGAAGAGCGGGCGUGUUCUCAAGACUCGGUUAGGCACUUAACCCUGGCGUUCAAAGUUUUACAACAACGAGAAAAAUGGCUGAACCACUUUGAAUUAGCCCGGAGUAACGUCUUGCCGGAACAAGUAGAAGGAACCGGUCACAAAGUGCAUUACAAAAGUUUUAAAGUAGACGUGCCUUAUAAAUGCACUGUAUGCGAGAAGUUUCUCAAAGGACUCUUCUUCCAGGGCUAUAAGUGUGAAAAUUGCGGAGGAUUAUUGCAUAAGGCUUGUAUAGCAUUACGGCCGUGUGUAGGUCGACGUCACACAACUUCGGUUUCCCACAGCAGCUCAUUCACGAAUGGAACUCAAUGGAGACAGAGCUGCUAUGGA